AUGUCGGAAAGGGCACAACGGCCUCGCAGCGUAGAGCAGCCACAAACUGAUAGAGCGUCCACAAACGAUGGGCUCAUCAAGAGAGUGCAGCAUCCAUUGAAUGAUGAAGAUUCCGGAUCUCAGAGGCCUAUUGAACGAAUACUUCAAGCGCAAUUCCCGCUGGAGGGCAACCGGGACCCAGACCCUCCUCAGGCGGCGCCUCGCUCGGCUUCAGUCUACCCGCAGACGAACGUUCGUGUCGAGAGUAUUCCGGUAGCGCUGACCCAAGAGAACUUGGGAAGACUCGACAAGACGAAUUCCACGCGACCCGCCAAGUCCACACCUCCCUCGAGGCCACCCACUGAAGGAAACGAGUCAGCAUCAGAAACUACCUCCACACCAUCAUCUUUCCCAUCCGACUUUGAAAUGAAGGCUAUAUACAACGGUGUACUAGACCGUAUGGGCUCCAAGCUACCAAAAAACCUCGAAGACGAACGCACGCGCCUGGAUAGGUCGAGGUUGAGUCCCCCUCCACCAGAAUCGGAGUGGCUACAAUACCUUGAUGCCGCCGAGUUUUCCCCCAAUAAAGCCACAUUAAUGUUCGCGAUGCCCACUUCUAAAAGGUCGUCCCUGGGAACCCGGCCAUAG